UUUUUAUAUUUCUACAGUUUUAAAUAUAAAAGCACCAAAAUUUAUUGUAUGAAAACAGAAGUCAUAACAUUUACCUAUAAUGUAUUUUAAAUACUGUUUGUGUGUGAUUGCAGUCGUUUUACUUAUUGACUUGCCUUCAUGUCACGCAGAUUAUGACAAACUCAAAGAACUCGGAUAUCUCUGGCGUACUUUAACUGCAUCGUCCAAGGCUUAUCAUGCGAAUGAACUUACGAAAGACCAAAUAAAUGCAGCAAACGAUGAAUGCGGACCUGCACAUUUAACAAGCGGAGACGCAUCUAUAGAAAAAAUGCGUAAAUACCUGUUAGACUCUCCACCAAAAGAAAAUUUUUUAAGUUCUAUGGAAGAAAUUUUUUCUCACUGGUGGCGGUAUCAUUUGCCAAGCAUACACAACUAUAGUCACUGUAUGGGCAAUCUUUUGAAAUUAACCGUUUGGUAUCAACCAUAUGUAUAAUUGAUGAAACUCCAUAUUAUUAAUCUAUGAAUAA